AUGCCUGAACGUGCACGAACCAGACUAGCGCAGGAGCAAGACCUGGAAAAAGGCAUCCCUCCCAAGCAACACGUUACAAUUGAUCUCCCCGAGCCCAUAUACCAACGGCCAAGUCCGAAGAACCCGGUCUUAGGAAGCACACCCUUCCAAGACCCUGACCUGGAAGGAACGGAUAGUUUUCAGUUCUCCACUAUGAACGAAGCGAAGAAGGCCCCGAAGAAGAAGAGAUAUAUCUUUGGAGUUCCCGACAAUCCUCUUGAGGACUCGGAGUUGGACAAUGAAUGGAUGCGGCACAUUGUGAGCCAAAGCCAGAAACCAUCAUUUCUGAACGAGUCUCUGAGCAGCGCCGCAUUACUUGCUGUCAUAAUACUUCGGGACUCACCUAUAUGA